CCCGGAAGCUGUCUCUCUGCGCCCGCCCGCGCGCUGUGGUCGGGCCGUCUGGUCUCCCGGGCCGGACGCGCGGUGCACUCUGGUCUCUCGGCGGCCAUGGGGAGCGAUUUCUACCUGCGCUAUUAUGUGGGGCACAAGGGGAAAUUCGGCCACGAGUUCCUGGAGUUCGAGUUCCGACCGGACGGAAAACUGAGAUAUGCCAACAACAGCAAUUACAAAAAUGAUGUAAUGAUCAGAAAAGAGGCCUAUGUACACAAGAGUGUGAUGGAGGAACUGAAGAGAAUAAUUGAUGACAGUGAAAUCACAAAAGAAGACGAUGCCUUAUGGCCUCCACCUGACAGAGUUGGUCGGCAGGAGCUUGAAAUUGUGAUCGGUGAUGAACACAUUUCUUUUACCACAUCAAAAAUCGGAUCACUUAUUGAUGUAAAUCAAUCCAAGGAUCCGGAAGGGUUACGAGUGUUUUACUAUCUGGUGCAGGACCUUAAGUGUCUAGUCUUCAGUCUCAUUGGAUUACAUUUCAAGAUUAAGCCAAUUUAAAUUGUAUAAUUUUGAGUUUGUAUUGUAAUGUUGCAAGGGGUGGGACACUUUCAUUCCUUAUCUCUUCUUGGAUAGAACUUUUAUGUAUGUUUAGAAUUUUUUUUACAAACUGUAAGUGUAUGUCUUUAAUAAAAAUGGUGAAACCUGUAUUUUUUUAAUUUAAA